AUGUCAAUGUCCCGCCAAACCACAACCCCCUUCCACCUCAAACUCUUCUACCGCCAAUCCACCUACCACCCUCUAUCGGACUUCUCCCCGGCCAGCGCCAACCCCGCCGGCCGCAGCGGCGGCCAUCUCCCCGCCCACCACCUCCAAAUCUACACCUGGCCGAGCUGCUCGCUCCGCGAACUCGCCCACCUCCUGACCUCGACCCUGCCCCACCUCCUCCCGGAGGUGCCCAUCGGCACCCGGCUGAGCUUCCGGCUGAUCUACCCGGACACCAAAGGCGCGGCGAUGAAUCUGGGAGAGCACGGAAGGGGACGGUAUCUGGCCAAGGAGAUGGGGAGUGUGGUUGUUGCGCCGAGGGGGUAUGAUGAUGACACUGAUAGCAAUGAGGGGGGGAAGGGGGAGGGAGGUGGACAUGGCUCAAAGGCGAGGGCUGCUGCCGCCGGCGCAUUCAGAAUGAGCGGUGCGGAUGCGGAGAAGACGUUGCAGGAUUUUCGGUUCGUGAUUGGCGAUUAUGUCGAUUGUGCGAUUGUGCCGCCGCUGGAGGAUGGGUCGGUUGCGCCGCCGCCUCCUGUUGGUUCCGGGGGUGGCGGUGGUGGUGGCGAGCAGAUGGAUCCUGCAUCUUAG